CGGCCCGACCCGCUCCAGGCGGCUCCGCGGGGCAGAGGGGGAGGGAGCCGGCGCGCCCUCCCAGAGCCGGACUCCGACUGAGGGGGCGGGGAGAGAGGGGUGGAGCGCUGGGAGAGAGGCGAGGGGCCGCGACGGCAGGACUCCAUUAAGUCGCUCCAGCCGGGAGGCAGCGCUUCGCCGGCUGAGGAGGGGGACCGACGCCGCCGCCCCGCGAGCCGCCGCCCCCGCGCCUGUUGCCGCGCGAACCCCCGGCCGGGAGCACGAGGAGCCAGCGGAAGGAGCCAUGGCUCUGGACGGGAUAAGGAUGCCAGAUGGCUGCUACGCGGAUGGGACGUGGGAACUGAGUGUUCAUGUGACGGACCUGAACCGCGAUGUCACCCUAAGAGUGACCGGGGAGGUGCACAUUGGAGGGGUGAUGCUCAAGUUGGUGGAAAAACUUGAUGUAAAAAAGGAUUGGUCUGACCAUGCUCUCUGGUGGGAAAAGAAGAGAACUUGGCUUCUUAAAACACAUUGGACCUUGGAUAAGUAUGGCAUUCAGGCAGAUGCUAAGCUUCAGUUCACCCCCCAGCACAAACUGCUCCGCCUGCAGCUUCCCAACAUGAAGUAUGUGAAGGUGAAAGUGAAUUUCUCUGAUAGAGUCUUCAAAGCUGUUUCUGACAUCUGUAAGACUUUUAAUAUCAGACACCCUGAAGAACUUUCUCUCUUGAAAAAACCCAGAGAUCCAACUAAGAAAAAAAAGAAAAAGCUAGAUGACCAGUCUGAAGAUGAGGCCCUUGAAUUAGAGGGGCCUCUUAUCACUCCUGGAUCAGGCACUGAUGUUCUUUACAUUGGCCCUCUGAAAGGAAGUAUAUAUUCAAGCCCAGGACUUUAUAGUAAAACAAUGACCCCCACUUACGAUGCUCAUGAUGGAAGCCCCUUGUCACCAACUUCUGCUUGGUUCGGUGACAGUGCUUUGUCAGAAGGCAACCCUGGUAUACUUGCUGUCAGUCAGCCAAUCACAUCACCGGAAAUUUUGGCGAAAAUGUUCAAGCCUCAGGCACUUCUUGACAAAGCGAAAAUCAACCAGGGGUGGCUUGAUUCCUCAAGAUCUCUUAUGGAACAAGAUGUGAAGGAAAAUGAGGCCCUCCUUCUCCGAUUCAAGUAUUACAGCUUUUUUGAUUUGAAUCCAAAGUAUGAUGCAAUCAGAAUCAAUCAGCUUUAUGAACAGGCCAAAUGGGCUAUUCUCCUAGAAGAAAUUGAGUGCACAGAAGAAGAAAUGAUGAUGUUUGCAGCCUUGCAGUAUCACAUCAAUAAGCUGUCAAUCAUGACAUCAGAGAAUCAUUUGAACAACAGUGACAAAGAAGUGGACGAAGUUGAUGCUGCCCUUUCAGACCUGGAGAUCACUUUGGAAGGGGGGAAAACAUCAACAAUUUUGGGUGACAUCACUUCUAUUCCUGAACUUGCUGACUAUAUUAAAGUUUUUAAACCAAAAAAGCUGACUCUAAAAGGCUACAAGCAAUAUUGGUGCACCUUUAAAGAUACAUCUAUUUCUUGCUAUAAGAGCAAAGAAGAAUCCAGCGGCACACCAGCUCAUCAGAUGAACCUAAGAGGAUGUGAAGUUACCCCAGAUGUAAACAUUUCAGGGCAGAAAUUCAAUAUUAAACUCCUGAUUCCAGUUGCAGAAGGCAUGAAUGAAAUCUGGCUUCGUUGUGACAAUGAAAAACAGUAUGCGCACUGGAUGGCAGCCUGCAGAUUAGCCUCCAAAGGCAAGACCAUGGCAGACAGUUCGUAUAACUUAGAAGUUCAAAAUAUUCUUUCCUUUCUGAAGAUGCAGCAUUUAAACCCAGAUCCUCAGUUAAUACCAGAGCAGAUCACAACGGAUAUAAAUCCUGAAUGUUUGGUAUCCCCUCGCUAUCUAAAAAAGUACAAGAACAAGCAGGAAAAAGGAUGCAAAAAACAGAUGCCAGGCUAUAUAAGAGAUUUGAUAACAGCAAGAAUCUUGGAGGCCCAUCAAAAUGUAGCUCAGAUGAGUCUAAUUGAAGCCAAGAUGAGAUUUAUUCAAGCUUGGCAGUCCUUACCAGAAUUUGGCAUCACACACUUUAUUGCAAGGUUCCAGGGAGGAAAAAAAGAAGAACUUAUUGGAAUUGCAUACAACAGACUGAUUCGGAUGGAUGCCAGCACAGGAGACGCAAUUAAAACAUGGCGUUUCAGUAACAUGAAACAGUGGAACGUAAACUGGGAAAUAAAAAUGGUCACGGUAGAGUUUGCAGAUGAAGUACGAUUGUCCUUCAUUUGUACUGAAGUAGAUUGCAAAGUGGUUCAUGAAUUCAUCGGUGGCUACAUAUUUCUCUCAACACGUGCAAAAGACCAAAAUGAGAGUUUAGAUGAAGAGAUGUUCUACAAACUCACUAGUGGUUGGGUGUGAAUAGAGCUACUGUGUAAUGAAACUCCAUGGCCGUAACAAUAUUUAACUUUGAAAGCUGUUGUUUGUUAUAUGCUGCUUAAUAAAGUAAGCUUGAAAUUUAUCAUUUUAUCAUGAAAACUUUUUUGCCUUACCAGACCAGUUAAUAAGUGCACUAACAAGCACGACUAUUAAUCUGCUAUCAUGAUACAAUAUGUGGACUUGAAUGUGGCACACAUUCCUUAGGGCCAGGAAUUGAAAACUAAAGUAGUGGACAAGUCAGGAAUAAAACAUCACUGAUUUAAUUUAAGCUAGCCAAACCAAGAAACUCAAGCCAUAUACUUUAAAGCUAUCCAGGGCUUAAACUACAUGAAGUCUAUUUAUCAUGUUUAAUGCAUGUGUUUUAAUGUAUGUUUAAUUUGAUCUUGUGUUUUAAAAAUACCAACUUCUGGUAGGCUUUGAUGC